AUGUCUACUCUCUUCACACUCCCCAUCGCAAAGUGCGGCGCCCAUCCCGGCGGAACCCUCACAUGCACAGAGCCCUCACCGAGAGUCUACCUUCUCACCCUCCUCUCACCACCCGACAACCGUCUUACAACACCCGUUCUCAAAGCCUUUCUCAACGCCCUGGACAUCAUUGAGUUUGGUUAUCCUCACGGUGUUGUGGCGACUACUUCUGGAAUCCCAAAAUUUUAUAGUAACGGUCUUGAUCUUGAGCAUGCUGUUGCGACAGAGGGUUUCUGGCCUUUGCUAUAUGAUGUCUGGGCUCGUUUCUUGACAUACCCUAUGCCCACAGUGGCUCUCAUGAACGGCCACGCUUUCGCAGGCGGUCUCAUGCUCGCCACAGCCCAAGACUACCGCCUCGCGCCAACUCCACGAGGUUUCCUCUGUCUCAACGAGCUUGUCUUCGGCGCACCCCUCAAACCCGCCAUGUCAGCUCUCUUUCGCAUCAAGUACUCCCACUCAACCUACCGAAGCCUCGUCCUCGAAGCCAAGCGCUUCACAGGCGAGGAUGCCCUUGCUGCUGGUAUCGCCGAUGCUCUUGCGCCCAAGGGCCUUGAGGAUCUGCUCAACUUUAUCAAGGAGAAGGAGCUUAUUGAUAAGAGCAAGUCUGGUGUUUACGGCGUGUUGAAAAUGGAGAUGUACGCUGGUUUGGUCGAGUUUAUGAGAGGGCCUGCUAUGGAGGCGCACGAGCAGAGAUUUGAGGAGGCGCAGAGUAGGGAGGGUGAGAGGAAGGAGUUUGGAAAGGUUUGGUAUGAGCAGUGGUUGAAGGAUGCUAAGGCUAAGCUGUAG